UUUUACACGAAUAGGCAACAGAACAUUGAGGAGAAAUCAAGAAAGUAUCGUUGUGGCGAUCAUUGUAAACUCCCUAUAGCACUAUUGCACUGUCAGAAGAGCUUCAGGUUCCUGAUGAACAAGUGGAAGUGGCAAGGAAAAAACUUUAUGAAUGGGCAUGAGGAUAAAACCGACAUGGGUGAUCUCCAACAAGAGCUGGAAGAAUUAAAGGAACUGUCGCUGAAGGAUCAGACCAAUGUAGAGAUGCUACGCUCCAGAAUCGAUGAGCAGUCCAUUCUGAUCUGCAAGCUGAAGCAGCGGGCCGAUCUCACGUUGCUCCGCUGUCAGGCUCUAGACCGAAUCAAUACCGAGCUACGGAACCAACAAGUGAACAUGGAGACAGAUCUGCAGACUGAACGACAAAAAUCAGAGCAGCUUGAGAAGAGGUUUAUGGACCUUGCCACCAAUCAUGAAGAGAUGAUCAAAUUCAAAGAUGAAUACAAGCAGAAGAAUGCAGAGCUGAUGAAAGAGAACAAAAGACUACAAGAAGAGAAUGAUACGUUUUUCAGCAAAGAGCUGCAGGAAAAAGAGGAGACCAUUCACAAACUUUCUCAAGGACUGAGAGACAUCCAUGAAAAACACACAAAUUCAGAAAGGGAACACCAGGAAAAAGAGGCCAUUUUGCAAGAUAAACUGCACAACACACAGAAAAAGCUAAAGAAGGCAGUAGACAUGAAUGAAGAAAUGGCUUUACAAUUUAGGCAAAUCCAGGAAAGAGGGGCAAUGACAGAAACAGAGGCAGAAGAGAAGUUUGAAGCACUUAUGAAGGAGAAACAUAAACUACUUGAACUAUCUAUGCAAAGGGGGAAAAUUAUACAGGAUAAACAAGAGGAAAUUCAAGAGUUAGAAAAAAAAAAGAACAAAGCAGAAGAGGCGAGACAGGAAGCAGAGGACAGAUUUAAAAGAGAAGCUGAUGCGGUGAAUACAGACCUGAGAGUGAAGCGGCUUCAGAAUGCCCUUGAGAAAGCAGAACAGAAGUGUAUUGAACUGAAGAGGGAGUUUGACGCGCAUAAAAACUACAGCACUCACUUGUUGGAACAGGAGAGGGCGCUAAAUGCCAGACUUCGCCACAUGAUCAACUAAUCCCUCUAUCCAGAUAUAAAAAAAGCUUGUCAAUUUUGAAAGUUCAUGCCAUUUUUGUUAUAUGGGUGUGCCAUAUGGUUAUAUUCUCAAUGUCUGAUUUCCAAUAGAACUACCAUGUACACCAUUCACCUUGACUGUUGAUUUCCGUAAAGCUGCUUUGAGACAAUGUCUGUUGUGAAAAGCGCUAUAGAAAUAAACUUGACUUGAGUUGACUUGACUUGACUUGAUAUCCUGUAAAUCUAUAAUCUGUUUUAAUGUAAUUCUGUAAAUACAUUUUCGCUAGUUUUUUGGUGCAUUGGGGUUGCGCUGUACAAGAGUGCGCUCUCACAGCCAAUUUAGCCGAUUUAAUUUCUUAUUUGCCAACACGUGAAAUCACAGUUCUGUCUGCAAUGUGGCAUUUUUGCAAACCUAAAACCUAA